AAGCGUUACGUGGCAGUCGUAGCUCGCACCCCGGCAGCCUGGAGAGGUGACGCCUCUUUCGGAGCGAGGCCUAGAUCCCCAGACCGCCGACUUCUGUGAUUCUUGUCAUCAUGUUCACGCUUUCUGAACUCGUGACCCUGCUCGCUUUCUUUUCCGCCACGGCGUCUGGUUAUUUUGUCAGCAUAGACGCUCACGCGGAAGAAUGCUUCUUCGAGCAGGUCACGUCGGGUACCAAGAUGGGCCUUAUUUUUGAGGUGGCGGAGGGGGGAUUUCUGGACAUCGACGUAGAGAUUACAGGUCCAGACAACAAAGGCAUAUAUAAAGGAGACAGAGAGUCCAGUGGAAAAUACACGUUUGCAGCCCACAUGGAUGGAACAUACAAAUUCUGUUUUAGCAAUAGGAUGUCCACAAUGACUCCUAAGAUUGUAAUGUUUACUAUUGAUAUAGGAGAAGCCCCGAAAGGUCAAGACAUGGAAACAGAAGCACAUCAAAACAAGCUGGAAGAAAUGAUCAAUGAACUGGCUGUAGCCAUGACUGCUGUGAAGCAUGAACAGGAAUACAUGGAGGUGCGAGAGAGAAUACACAGAGCAAUUAACGACAACACAAACAGCAGAGUAGUGCUUUGGUCAUUUUUUGAAGCCCUUGUACUUGUUGCGAUGACAUUGGGACAGAUCUAUUAUCUAAAGAGAUUUUUUGAAGUGCGACGAGUGGUUUAAGUAAAAGCAAAUUUUUUUGCCUUCCCCUUGUUUUAUUGUCCUUGCUGAGAAGACACAAAUCAACAAUCUUUGUGUUUCUUACCAUCAACUACAUGGUCACAAAUCUUUAGGUUUUUUUUUUUUAAAAAAGUGGAUUCCCCCCCCCCCUUUUCAUUUAGCUUCUGAUCGUCUCAAGGAUUGGUAAACUGUAAAUAUACUUGCCAAGAAUGUUUGAGGGGGUUCUAAGAUGCUAUAUGUAUAACUCCUACCAGCUAGCCCACACAGUGACAUUUAUGGAGGAAAGCAGAAAAAGAAGUGUUCAUAAAUUAGAUUAAGAAAUUUAGAAACUAAGCAUUUUUCCACAUUACAAAUAAAAGUUUUACCAACUGAAUUUACAAGAUUAUAUUUGUAAAAUGUGUAUUUUGUUUAAGGUAAUUUCACCAUUUGCAGUGGACUGGACAGAAAUAACGAGUUAUUUUUUAUAACCCUUUUUCAGUCAAGACAUCCACAUUUACACUCACGGAGUAAAACACUGUUGUUGGUACUUACACAAUAAUGGAAAACAAUCUGUUUUCUCUCCUGAAUCGUCUGUUAACCUACUACCCUACGUGAUGUACUUGGUGAGAGGUGGGAUGUUGCAUCCAGGAAAAAUGAGGAAAGCAUCAUCACUCUUAUAAAUGGGUCAAAGAACAAUGAGAAAUAAUCUUAUCCUUCUAUUGUUAGCUAUGUACAUUGCUAAAAGGCUACAGCAGUCCAAUCUGAAUAAAAAAAACAAACUGGAGGUGUUUGCAGGAUGCUUUCCGUUGAUCCCAUAUAAAUGUCCAUAACUUAUGCUUAAAGACUUCUGAGGUCCAAUUAAAGACUUUAAUUACCUGCAAACAAAUCUUUAAUUACAGAAUACUUAUAUGUCUGUAUUUGUCUGCCUUGUCCACUGGAUUACAUUUUUAUUUGUACGUUAUAAUUUUGUCCUACCUAAGUACUAGGGGAGUGAAGGCUAUAUGUUUAGGCCAUUUUGUGUAGUUAUUGGAUGAAGGAUAAUUACAGUUUUCUUGGGAUAUCUGGGAGACAUUGACAGAAUUUCCUUAUGGCAUCUUUUAAUUUGCUUGUUGCAAUUUAUCAGAGCACCUUUUGUCUUCAAUACUUUUUAUUCUUUUAUGUUUUAUGGAUUUGCCAUUUUUUGUGCAGAGCCAAAUUACCAUUCAUCCCUAUUUUUCAUUAAAUAGCGGGUCUUGAAACAAAUGGGGUUCCGGUGUUGGUGCAAAUCAAGAUUAUAUUUUAAAUGAUGGUUGUAUUCUUUUCUGUUUUUCUCUAUACAGACAAAAUCCUUACCAGAAACAACUAUUUUGUACAAUUAAGUUAAGAAGUUUUCUUACUGGUUUUCAUGUUAAAAAGAACAUUUUCAACCUUGGGCAAAGCCUCUAAAUGCAGCAGUUUUUAGAAGGAUGGAAUUCAUUUUUUUAAGACUGUUGACAGCCAAUCAUUGUUUGAACAUCAAAUGUAAAUUGACUUUUAAGGUGUACAUUUUAAAGGAAGAUACUUGUCGAAAUAUUACCCAAGUUCAAUGAACAAUAAACACACAUUCUAUAAAAA